ACUAGCGGCGCGGAAUGGAGGGCGCCGGCGAGGCGGCCGUGGAGAGGCGCCGCGUGCACUUGCGCCCCGACUCCCUGCGCAGCGCCGCCCCCGGCACGCUGCACCUGCUGCCCUGCGAGGUCCUGGCGAGCCGGCCCGCCCCCGUGCGUCGCUUCUUCACGCCCGCCGUGCGGCGAGGCCCCGACGGGCUCCAGGCGUCGUUCCGGGGACGCGGCCUGCGGGGCGAGGAGGUGGCGGUGCCGGCCGGCUUCGCGGGCUACGUCCUGGCGGCCGAGGAGAAGGCAGACGGGCUGGCGGGGCCCGGGGACGCGGAGCAGGCGCCGCUGGAGCGGGACUUGGACCGCUUUCUGGGCGCCGCCGCCAGCUUCGGCCGCUUCACGCUGUGGGGCCUGGAGACCGUGCCGGGCCCGGACGCCAAAGUGCGCGGGGCCCUGACUUGGCCGAGCCUCGCGGCCGCGAUUCACGCUCCGGUGGCCGAGGACUGAGAGCCGGAGCCCCGCACCGCACCGCACCUGCAGACCCCGCUGAGAACCCUGGAGGCUCCGCCUAC